GUACUGCCCGCCGUAGACACCCCUCGUCUUCUUACAAAUUGCGGAUACACGGAUAUCUGACCAUCGGGGCAACUUUGACUCCGAUCUUCGGUGAAACUGACAUCGGAACACCAAAACACCAGCCCUCACUCGGCACCCUGAUCAACCCUGCGGCAGAACCAUGAGCUCAAUCGGCGUCAACCGAGCGUGUGAGUCGUGCCGUUCAUCCAAAGUCCGGUGCCAACCGGCGCCUGACGGCACACUCGCUGCCCAACAGGGGCGAUGCCAGAGAUGCGCAACCGCAGGGAAGGCGUGCACCUUCACACCGGCGCGCCGGACCAAAAGGAAAAGGACAGAUGUGAGGGUGCGAGAGCUGGAGAGGGAAAUAAAGGCUCUUAGUGACCUUUUGCGGGCCGGAAACGCGGGGGCCCCCGAGAAUCAACAAGGACUCCAUGAGGAUCAGGCUGCGAAAGCUGGCGUCCCGGAAGGACAAGAAGAAGGUCGGCCCAGAAUUAUGCGUCCAACUCAUGGUCCAUCUCAUGGUGGCUCCGCUGGAUCGUCACAUUCCUCGUCCCGGGUCCCUGAUCCCAUCGACGCCGGAAUCCUUCCCAUGGAAUCCGCUGCUCGUCUGUUUGAUCGAUACGUUUCGGAUCUGGCUCCUCAACGGCCCCUGGUCGUCUUCCCACUGGGAACUCGUGCUUCUCAGGUACGUAGGGACAAGCCGACUCUCUUCCUCGCGGUAGUCUUGGUUGCCUCAUCGGGCACCUCGGAUGCGACCCUUUGCACGAAGCUCAACGACUUGCUUCUCCAAUCAUAUGCCCAGCGCAUCGUGAUUUGGGGAGAGAAGUCGCUCGAGUUGAUACAGGCCAUCCUGGUCUCUACAAACUGGCACUGUCAGAGCGGACAUUACGAUCAUAUGAAGUUCUACCAGCAACUCCACAUGGCCGCCACAAUGGCCGUUGACAUCGACCUUGGAGAGCCAAGGAUGUGGGUGGCGGGGGAUGGUAUGGAUGAGGCUGCGACCCAGUCUCAAGCUAUCGAACUCCAGAGAACAUUGCUCGGCUGUUACAUAUGUUGUUCUAGCCUCUCACUCAACUACCAUCGGCCAAACAUGUUUCCGUUUACGCCACAGAUGGAGGAUUGCCUCGAAGCUCUCGAAACUUCUCCCUUCGCCUCUCCGAGCGAUGCUGCCUUGGCAUCCUGGGCCAGGUUGCAGCACAUUGUCGAUCUCUCUGACGCCGCCUUGGACUUGAGGGGCCACAGCGCCAAAGUACGCAUGUCCGACGCCGGAGUCCAGUUGAGCCUCCUGAACUGCACAAAGCAGCUGGAGAGUUGGAGGGAGAGGACGCCCGUGGCUGUUAUAAAUGAGCCGCUCCUUAUGCAAUACCAUGCCGUGUACUGUCUCCUCCAUCAGAUCUGCCUUUACGCCGAGUACAGCCCCGCAGAUUUCAAGCCCCCAUACAUCAUUAGUAUACCCUCGGCGAACACCGGUAAAGCAGCCGAGCCCAUGCUCACUCCAGCUCACCUCUUCUCGGUCACAAAGUGCAUCUCCUCGGCACAAGCGGUCGUCGACACUUUCCUCUCCAUGCCCACCACGACGCUCGCCUGCGGUUCCGUCGUCGUUUACGCGAGGAUGGGGUACGCCAUAGUCAUCCUGAUGAAGAUCCACGCGUCCGCAGCCCUGCCCGGCGGCGCCCUGAGCGGCGUGGUCGACCCCGGGGCGACCAGGAUGGGGGGAUAUCUCGAGCGCGUGGUGGGUCAUCUGGCCGACGUCUCAAAGUACCAGUGCAGGCUGGCCUCCGAGGCAUGGCUCCCCAUCAUGUCCCAGCUCCAGGGCUGGUACAGGCGCCAUCUAGUUCCCGGCGCGCAGGAUGACGAUGAUGAUGACGCGCCGGGAAUUGCAGAACUCAUCCAGCCGUUGCGGCUGGUCAACUUGGCAGCGGAUGUUGGAUCUCGCAGUCAAGCGGCUGAUAACUUGUCGGCAAACGGUGUGCAAGACGGCCGGAUCACCCUAGCUCAGCCUGGCUCGUCCGGCUUGGCUCUCGCACCAGACGAACUGGAAGCACCGGAUAGCAGCAAUUUCUUUGCUGACCAUCGGUUUUCCCAUUUUGGUUCUUUCCCCGGCGGUUCCGAUUAUGACAUGUUCUCUGGGAUGGUUCCUGGCGACUUGCACGAAUGGAUAGCGGCUUCGGCGGAAUUUCCGGAACUGAAUAGCGAGAUUAUGGCAGCGGGAGAACUUUCGACCACCUAGAAGGUCCUAAUAGAGAUGACGAGUCACCUUGGGAAUCAUCUUGGGCUUGCUUUCUUGGGUCAUAAGCUCGGUUGCCCGAAUGAACCGUCUUCUGAUAAGACAGAGGGGAGAUGAGUACAGCUGGCUUUGAGGAACCCCAUUAAACCCCUA